AUGAACAUGGUGGAAUAUAUUAAUCCGCAUAUUCCCCUCUCUAUCUUUCUCUCAUUCCCUCUCUCUCUCACCAUUCCCUUUUCACGCGGUGCAGUGUCCGUACGGAGUAAGCAAAGCCAAUAGGACGUGGUUGGGCUAAUAAAUGCAAAUUAUCAUGAAAAGAGACGGCAAAAUAUGAAACAACUCAUUUGGGCUGAAGUAAAUCACAGAAAACUGUUUAUGAGUGAACCUCUUCACGAAGAUGUGAUACCGGGAUGCUGUGUGUUGAGAUCAAUAAGAUGAAGGUUUAAUUUUCCUAGAAAAAAAAUCCUUGGUUUAUUUGUCUGUUUACCAAACACUAAGUUCCCUCCGUUCAGCAGAAAGAUCUAGUCCUUUCCAGAUGAGCUCCUACUUUGUGAAUUCGCUGUUUUCCAAGUAUAAAAGUGGGGACACUCUUCGUCCCAAUUAUUAUGACUGUGGGUUCAGCCAAGACCUGGGCACUAGAGCCACCGUGGUCUAUGGACCCGGCAGCGGUGGAAGCUUCCAACAUCCCAGUCAGAUCCAGGAUUUUUACCACCACGGCGCAGCCACCCUCUCCACCUCCGCGUAUCAACAGAAUCCAUGUGCGGUGACGUGUCACGGGGAUCCCGGCAGUUUCUACGGCUACGAUGCCUUGCAAAGGCAGCCAAUUUUCGCCGCCCAACAAGAGGCCGAGCUGGUCCAAUACCCCGACUGUAAGUCGACGGCGAACAGCCUAGGAGAAGAAGCAGAGAAUUCAGAACAGAGUUCAUCUCCGACACAGCUCUUCCCGUGGAUGAGACCGCAAGUAGCUGCAGGACGGCGCAGGGGGAGACAAACAUACAGUCGCUAUCAGACACUAGAACUUGAGAAAGAGUUUUUGUUCAAUCCAUAUCUGACUCGCAAACGGCGGAUCGAAGUGUCGCACGCCCUGGGACUAACCGAGAGGCAGGUCAAAAUUUGGUUCCAGAACAGAAGAAUGAAAUGGAAAAAGGAAAAUAACAAAGAUAAGUUUCCCAGUAGUAAGUCUGAAAUAGAGGAGAGUCCGAAGGAGAAAGACGGAAAAGAAGAUGAAGAAAAUGAUUAACAAAAUAAUAAGUUGACAAAACAAGGAGGGGGAAUUGAUAGGAUAAGGUAGUCAAAUUUUAAGCAGUGCGGGUGUGAGAUGCAGAACAAAUGUUACUGAUUACUGUAUGAUACAAAACAUUGUACGGAAAUGUAUGAAGGUGUAGACUAGAAGGACAAUUUCAACUUUCUACCAGACAUUUACAUGUCAUUGUGUAACAUUCUAGCUAUUUAUGUGAGUUCCUGUAAAGUAUUUAACGUGAAGUUCAUAGGACAAUGUGCUAGUUUGUGUGUUGAAAUACCAUUGUAGUAUAUUUAAGCCGUGUGCACUACAUCAGCUAAUGACUAUUAGCUUAAAAAUCCCGACAACAUGAAGCUGCCUAUUUAAGCUUUAGCUGAUUAGAUUGUGUUAUUGUUUACGGCUUUGGUGUAUUUAUAAAAUUGUUUUCUUCAAGUUGGCAUGUGCAUAAGCAAAGUCUUUUUUUUAAAGAAACAAGGAGAAAAUAUUCCUCCAGUUUUAUCAGUGAGAAAAUCUACUGUAAACGCGAACUGCAUUUAUUGGGGGAGGUGCGGCGAGGGGGUUGGGGUUGUUGGACCGGUGAUGCAUUAUUGUUAUACACAAAAUUGGACCAUUGUUUGAACAUGCAAGCGGCGGAAAGGGGCGCAAUAAACUUUACCAGCAA